AUGCUGACAUUGAAUUAUUCUGAUAUUGAGAGCAAUAUCUCUGACAAUAUUUUCACGGCAGAAACUGUGACAGAUCGACUGGGAAAUAAUCAUUAUGAGGAUCUAGAGCUCAAAGAUAUUACUUUCAAAGAAAAGUUCAAUGAGUUAGAUAAUAAGUCUACAGAGACUGAUAAAGAUGAGACCUGUUUUAAGAGUCCAUUUAUCAUUUGGUUGAAAAGAACUUUAAAUGCUGAAACGAAAGGUGUUGAGCCGAUAAAUGAAAACGAAAAGAAUGAUACCAACAUCUUUGGCUCAUCAUUUGUUUGGUUUUCAGCAAACCUAGUAUUGGCAGCUUAUGGUGUUGGUUCUCUUGGCCCAACAGUAUAUCACUUGAAUUUUGCAAUUAGUGUUCUAACAAUUGUGUUCUUCAAUAUUUUAGGCUUAGUUAGUGUAUCUUUUUUUUCAGUUUUUGGAGCUGAACUUGGAUUAAGACAAAUGAUAAUUUCUAGAUAUCUAGUUGGCAAUGUAACAGCUAGGAUUUUUGCUGCUUUAAACUGCAUAGGAUGUGUUGGAUGGGAUGUACUAAAUAUUUACUUGGCUGCAAAAUUAUUUGCCAUUAUUAAAACUGGAGGAAAUCACUUACCAUUAUGGGGAGGCUGUAUUGUUAUCGUUGGUAGUACUGUUUUUAUUGCAGCAUUGGGAUAUAAAUUCAUUCAUAUCUAUGAGAAAUGGUCAUGGAUUCCAAACCUUGCAGUAUUUCUCAUAAUUAUAUCAAGAAUAAAAAUUUCCAGGGAGUUCAGCAAUGGACCCUGGACAUCAGGUUCAACUACAGCAGGUAAUGUUUUAUCAUUUGGUUCUGCAAUUUUUGGUUCUGCAGCAGGCUGGGUGACUUAUUCAGCUGAUUAUACUGUGUAUAUGCCAAGAAGAACCAAUAAAUUUAGGAUUUUUUUCUUUAAUUCAAUUGGAUUGGCCUUCUCAUUGAUAUUUACAAUGAUAGUAGGUGCGGCAGCCGGUAUCUGUGCUGUCAAUAAUUCUAAAUGGAUGGAAUUAUAUAAUGAGUUUCAAAUUGGUGGUGUAACAUACGCUUUGCUUGUUCCAAACUCUUUACAUGGGUUUGGCAAAUUCUGUUGUGUUAUUCUUGCUAUGUCGACUGUAGCUAAUAAUGUACCUAGUAUGUACACCAUAGCUCUCUCGGUUCAAGCCCUCUGGGAGCCGCUUACAAGCGUUCCUAGAGCUAUUUGGACGAUAUUUGCUAAUAUUGUUGUAUUAGGGAUAUCUAUACCAGCGUGCUAUUUUUUCCAAAGUUUUAUGCAGAACUUUAUGGGAUCUAUAGGUUAUUUUUAUGCUCUAUACAUUGGUAUUUCAUUAGCUGAGCAUUGUGUUUUCAGGAGAAAAUUUGGUAACUAUAAUGUCAAUGAUCAUUCUAACUGGGAGAAGUUACCAAUUGGUUUUGCUGGCUGUAUUGCAUUGAUUGUGGGAUCAUUCGGAGUGGCACUCGGAAUGGCACAAACAUAUUGGGUUGGCGAAAUAGCAAGAAAAAUAGGAACUUAUGGGGGUGAUAUUGGCUUUGAGCUGGGGAUGAGCUGGGCUUUCUUAACAUAUAUUAUAAUCAGACCUAUAGAAAUUAAAUACUAUGGUAGAUGA